AUGUGUGCUGGACCUAAACCGCCGAGUCCCGAAGUACUGAUGUCUUUCUACUUACUUUGUAAGCAAUCAAUCGCAAACGCUGCACUUUUAGCGCAUCCAUACCCUAAUGCUAAAAUUUCUCUCUCAAUUGAUGCUUCAGACCUUGGCAUAGGAGCUGUAUUACAACACCAUAUAGCUAGUAGGACCGAACCACUUGCGUUUUUUUCUCGUCGUUUAACACCUGCUGAAAGCAGCGAUAACGUUGUCGCAGAUGCAUUCUCUCGUAUUGAGGUGAUAGAUUUAUCUAGUACGAUAGAUUACGCAGCAAUGGCGGAGGCGCAAUCAAAAGACGCUGAGCUGAAGGAAUUACAAUAUAACUCUUCCUUGAUGAUCAAGCCAAUCGUUUUUAGCUCAAGUGAUCUACCGCUAUUUUGUGAUACCUCUACGGGUAACAUACGCCUAUCUCUGAAGAAAGACUGUGUAGAAUGGUACAAGAAAUGCUUGGAUUGCCAGAGAUCAAAAAUAGCACGGCACACCAAAACUCCUCUUGGUCAAUUUCCAACUGCGAUCGACAGAUUUCGACACGUUCGCUUGGACAUUGUGGGACCACUUCCCCCGUCGCAAGGAUACACUUACAUCCUUACGGGCAUCGAUCGCUUCACUCGAUGGCCUGAAGCUAUUCCCCUGAAAGAUCAGUCUGCCGAAAGUGUUCCUAACGCUUUCUUUUCAGGAUGGGUUGCUCGGUUCGGUGUACCAGAGAUUAUCACGACUGACAAGGGUCGUUACUUUAAAAGUAAUUUAUUUUUAGCGCUUUCGAAGUCUCUGGGUACCAAGCGUAAUAGAACAACAGCUUACCACUCUUCUGCAAAUGGCAUGAUUGAACGUUUUCACCGGCAGUUAAAGGGAGCUCUCAGGUGCAGUCUCACCGGCACUGAAAGAUGGAUAGAAGAAAUGCCGAUCGUCCUCCUGGGAAUACGAACUGCCUUAAAGGAAGAUCUUAACACCUCAACAGCAGAGCUGACCCUAAGACAAUGCUGUCCCAAAUGCUUCAUGCAAAUGCUCUUUGAGCAGAAUAGACCUCACACUCACAAAAAAUAUGCCAUGAAGUGUCCUCCUCAAGAUGACAACAACGACAAAGAGGAUCGAGUGCAAUAG